AUGGAAGCCGAUUUAAGGAUUUUAAUGGACUUAAAAAGUCAAAUAGAAAGAAGUCGAGUUAAUUUUAAAAAGUCAUCAAAAGAGCGAAUUACGCCUAUUUUUAUUGAAAUAAGACUGGAGGCUUUGGAAAAACAAUUUGGUAAAUUUUCUGAAAAACAUACGGGAUUAAUCAGCAAAUAUGAGCCCAACGAAUUGAAUAAAACUACGUAUAUUAAGGAAGAUUUGUAUCAAGCACUUUAUGAUACUUAUUUAAAUUACAAGGUUGAAUUAAAAAGUACAUUGUCCAAGUUUAAAAAUGAUAUUGUGUCACCUAGUUGUAGUGAAACAUCUAAGCAAUCUAUGAAAUCGUCAUGUGUCAAGUUACCAAAAAUAUCUAUUCCGAAAUUCAGUGGCAAGUAUACGGAGUGGUCUACAUUUCGCGAUUUAUUUAUUUCUCUUAUUCAAAAUAACGAAACACUUGACGACGUUCAAAGACUGCAUUAUUUAAAAACACAAUUAACUGGUGAAGCUGAACAAUUGAUUCGUCACAUUCCGAUUACGCAAUCAAAUUAUAAAAAAUGUUGGCAAUUGUUAACUGAUAGGUAUAAUAACAAAAAAUUUAUGUCAAAUUGUAUAUUAAAGCGCCUAUUUAGUCAGCGUAAUAUAACUUGUGAAUCUUCCAAUUCUCUUAAGGAAUUAUUAGACUCUACCACAGAUUGUUUGCAUGAAUUGUCAAAUCUAGGAAUUGAUAUAAAGUCAUGGGAUGUUAUCAUCAUAUACAUAAUUAGUUUGAAGUUGGAUGUGGAAACUCGUAAACAAUGGGAAUUGUAUGUUAGCCAGUUACCUGAUGAACUACCGACGUUUAAGCAACUAAAAGAAUACUUGGAAACAAGAUUUCGAGCUUUAGAAUUUGUGGAACCUAGUAAAAGUAAAACUCGCGCCAGUUAUGCCAAUGUAAACAAUAAUCCUAAAGCAUUACAUGUUACUUCCAAUUUUACAUGCCCCCAUUGUUCCGAAGGCCACCGACUGUAUAAUUGCAAACAAUUUGCUAAAGAAGAUGUUGAUAAGCGAAGAAAUAUUGUUCAAUCACUUGGCCUUUGUUUUAAUUGUCUUGGUUAUAAUCACAGUAAUAAAAUAUGUCGCGUAACAAUCAAAUGCCGAAUUUGUAAGCGAAGGCAUCACACUUUAUUGCAUCCAAAAAGUCAAGUUGAUUCAGCGACAUGCGGUGUCGCAAUGGAAUCGACAUGUAAUAGCAAUGAUACAAUUUUAGAUUCCCCUAAAGACAAUACAAUAACAAACAUUGCAACCCAUUUUUUGAAGGAUAAAGUUCAAACGAUAUGGUCAAAAGAUAUGGGCUGA